AUGGCUGAUUCUCUUACCGAGGAACAAGUUUCCGAGUUCAAGGAGGCUUUCUCCCUCUUCGACAAGGAUGGCGAUGGUCAAAUCACGACGAAGGAGCUCGGCACUGUCAUGCGCUCCCUCGGCCAGAACCCCUCGGAGUCGGAGCUUCAGGACAUGAUCAACGAGGUCGACGCCGACAACAACGGAACCAUCGACUUCCCCGAGUUCUUGACGAUGAUGGCGAGGAAAAUGAAGGACACCGAUUCGGAAGAAGAGAUCCGUGAGGCGUUCAAGGUUUUCGACCGUGAUAACAAUGGCUUCAUCUCGGCUGCCGAACUUCGUCAUGUUAUGACUUCAAUCGGCGAAAAGCUAACCGACGAUGAGGUCGACGAGAUGAUUCGUGAGGCUGACCAAGACGGCGAUGGAAGGAUUGACUACAAUGAGUUCGUCCAGCUCAUGAUGCAAAAGUAG